CCAUCUCCCUAUAAAUACACUGCACCCCCGCCAUUGAUGCCUCAUCCUUAAUUUCUCCAAGCUAUCCAAAAUGUCCAGAAGCAUUACCCUCUUUGCCUUUCUCCUUCUCCUCUCUUCGGCCGCAACUGCCGAACUCACUCAAGGUGAUGCAGUGAAGGAACCAGACCAAGGUCGGGGAGGUUACUGCCGUCGCCGGUAUUGCUGCGGCGGGUGGGACAGGUACGGACGGUGCAGGGAUUAUUGCUGCCGCCGGGAACUAGGAAAUGCAGACAAUGAAGCAGAGCCGGCCCAUUUUAUAGGUAGUGGAGUCUUUGGUUGGGGACACAGCGGAGGCGGCUGGGGUAAUAAUGGUGGUGGCCAAGGUGGUGGUGGCGGUGGUAGUGGACAAGGUGGAGGUAACUAUGGUGGUGGACAAGGCAGCGGAAGCCAAGGUGGAGGUAACUAUGGUGGUGGACAUGGUGGCGGAGGCCAAGGUGGCAGUGGUGGACAAGGCGGUGGAGGCCAAGGAGGUGGCGGCGGCGGCGGUGGUGGUGGCGGCGGCGGUGGCGGUGGACAUCAAGGCGGAGGAUGCAAUUACGGCUGCUGCGGAAAGUACAACGGAGGGUGCAAAUGUUGUGGAAGCGUGGCCGAGGCCAAAGCUUUCAAAGAAGCCGCCGAGGUUAAGGGCAACGCCGGCGAGCAAACCAAAACCUAAUGUUAAGUUAUUGUAUACAUGCAUCGCUAUGUCUCAAAAUAUUUAAAUACGCAUGUAAUAAAAAUGUGUAUGCCCUCGUACACAUUAACCUAUGGAAUAAUAAUAAUCGGGGGUUACAUUUUGAUAUC